GAAGAAACUAUGGUGAUAUUUUGCAUAGAAUGAAGGAUCUCUGCAGAUACAUGAACAACUUGGAUAACGAAGCUCAUGCAAAAUAUAAAAACCAAGUGGUUUAUUCUACUACGUUGGCCUUCUUUAAGAAUGCAUUCCAGUAUGUCAACAGCAUACAACCAUCUCUAUUCCAAGGUCCUAAUGCCCCAAGCCAAGUUCCACUGGUUCUUCUUGAGGAUGUAUCAAAUGUGUAUGGUGAUGUAGAAAUUGAUCGUAACAAACAAGUACAUAAAAAGAGAAAACUAGCUGAGGGAAGAGAAAAAACCAUGAGUUCAGACGAACGAAGACUGUUCAGCAAAAGGAAGGAAUCGUCACAUCGUAGUCAAUAAAGCAGAGCUUGCUAACUCCAUUGAAGUGCUCGAGAGCUUUAAGCUAGCCAGGGAGAGCUGGGAGUCGCUCUACUCCCUGGAAUUCCUUGACAAGGAAUUUACAAGAAUUUGUUUGGCCUGGAAGACAGAUACUUGGCUUUAGUUAAGAAUCUUCCUCACUGAUAUGAUCAUCUAUCAGGGUCAACAUAAAAAAGCAAUAGCCAGCCUGCAUCACCUAGCAGCUCUCCAGGGGUCGCUUCCUCAGCCGCAGAUCACAGGACAGGGGACCCUGGAGCAUCAGAGGGCGCUCAUCCAGCUAGCGACCUGCCACUUUUCUCUAGGGGAGUACAGAAUGACAUGUGAACAAGUCCUUGAUUUGAUGUGCUACAUGAUACUCCCCAUUCAAGAUGGAGGCAGAUCACAGGAGGAACCCUCAAAAAUAAAACCCAAAUUUAGAAAAGGUUCAGAUCUGAAGUUGCUGCCUUGUACCGGCAAGGCUAUCAUGCCGUUCUGCCUGCAUCUAAUGCGGGCUUGCUUUAAGCUCCAAGCUUUCGUGGACAGCAGGGACGACAUGGCGCUGGGCCACGUGAUUGUCUUGCUUCAGCAAGAGUGGCCAUGGGGAGAGAAUCUUUUCUUGAAAGCUGUCAGUAAGAUUUGCCAACAGGGAAAUUUCCAAUAUGAGAAUUUUUUCAACUAUGUUACAAAUAUCGAUACGCUGGAGGAAUUCGCCUACUUAAGGACUCAGGAAGGUGGGAAAAUUCAUCUGGAAUUACUGCCCAAUCAAGGAAGGCUGAUCAAGCACCACACGGUCACUCGGGGCAUCACCAAGGGCGUGAAGGAGGACUUCCGCCUGGCCAUGGAGCGCCGGGUGUCCCGCUGUGGUGAGAACCUGAUGGUCGUGCUGCCCAGGUUCUGCAUCAACGAGAAGAUCUUGCUCCUUCAGACUCUGGCCUGACCGGAGCCCUUUCCGCCAGAGGAAAGGCAGCUCCGAGCCGUGGGA